AUGAUCCCAAUUCUACCUUUCAUCAACGUCUCCUUCUUUCAGCCCUCUGCUUUCCUGAUGAUUGGAAUCCCGGGGAUGGAGGCUCUGCACGGCUGGAUCUCCAUCCCCUUCUCCUCCAUGUACACUGUGGCCCUCACAGGAAACUGCCUGAUCCUCCUGGCUGUGAGGAGGACGCCCAGCCUGCACCAGCCCAUGUACUACUUCCUGUCCAUGCUGGCCCUCACUGAUGUGGGCCUCACCUUGUCUACACUGCCCACCACCCUGGCUGUGCUCUGGUUUGACCAGCGGCUCAUUGGCUUCAAUGCUUGCCUGGUCCAGAUGUUCUUCCUUCACUCCUUCUCUGUGGUGGAGUCCUCUGUGCUCCUGGCCAUGUCCUUUGACCGUUUUGUGGCCAUCUCAAACCCCUUGCGCUACGCAGCUGUGCUCACAAAUAAUGUCAUCAUCAGGAUUGGGAUGGCCAUUGUGGCUCGGGCCACUGUGUCCCUCUUCCCAGUGCCAUUCUUACUUAAGCGCCUGAAUUUCUGCCCUGGCAAGAUCCUCCUGUCCCACUCUUUCUGUUUCCAUGCGGAUGUCAUGAAAAGAGCCUGUGCAGACAUUACUGUCAACAUCCUUUAUGGACUCUAUGUAGUUCUGUCCACAGUGGGCGUGGACUCUUUACUCAUCGUCAUGUCCUACACCCUUAUUCUUCACACAGUCAUGGGGCUAGCCUCUCCCAAAGAGCGGGUCCGAGCCCUCAACACUUGUGUGUCUCACAUUUUAGCUGUCCUGGUUUUCUACAUCCCAGUCAUAGGGGUGUCCAUGAUCCACCGUUUUGGGAAGCAUUUACCCCACCUGGUACAUGCUCUUGUUGCCUAUGUCUACCUGGUUAUACCUCCUGUGCUCAACCCCAUCAUCUAUAGUGUCAAAUCCAAACCCAUCAGGGAAGCCAUGCUCAAGGUCCUGAAGGCAAAGGGCUAAGUCUGAGAAAACCAGAUAAAACCCACAGAAUCUGGCAGUGAAUGUGACCAAAUAAUAAGAA